ACAGGAUCAACACAAACGCCAACUGACUAGACUACUAGAGAGAAACGAAGGACUCACAACUGAAGAACCUUUCACAGCCAACUCAUAGUAUAAGACGAUUGACACCUUUAAUACUGUGAGAUGCUUAUGUAGCUGUAUAUACCACGUUGCUGGUGUCGACGGCGCUGAUAUAACUAAAUAAGUACUGUUAAAAUACACUUGGAGGACCCCGUAACUCGGGGUUGACCACUUUGCCUCUAUUCCCUGCACGAACCAAUUUGGGCAAGAAGCAAUACAGUAGGAAAGAAAUGGAGAGCCUGCACUCCCACUGCCUUAAAUGCAUCAACAGAAGAUGCAUGGUAAGACCAGAGAAGGAUGUUUGCUGCAACCUCAUCGGCUGUCCUCUUGUCUGUGGGGCAGUUUUUCACUCAUGCAAACUAGAGGAACACCAUCUACUGUGUCCAUAUGAACGUCUGCCAUGCCUUAACAGCGUGUUUGGCUGCCCUUUCACUAUUACAAGGAUCAAAAUGGCACAACACCUUGAGACGUGCCCAGCAAGUAUAGUGUGUUGUACUAUGGAGUGGAAUCGCUGGCCUGUAAGCUAUACUGAUCGCAAGUCUUAUGAAAACUUGAGCAAAGACUUUGAUGAAGUGGAGCAGCUAGACAUGGCCUUGGCUCUGCAGGAUCAGAGGAUGUUGUUGGAGUCUCUAAAGGUCACAACCACUGUGUCAAGGAAUGGAGAUAAGGAAGCAGGUGAAAGUGACAAAAUGGCCACAGCAUCAAGUCUACCGGAGACCGUGUUGGGUAAUGUAACAGUGGCAAUGGACGAGGCACCGUAUAAUGGGUUGUAUAGAGCCUCAGUAGAGACAAGCAGAAGUUUAGCAGCAGCCUUGGACAUCAUUGCUAAUGUCAAGGAUAUUGAUGUAAUUGUUGGAAAUUUAAACGGGGAAAAGACUGUUAAGAAUGGAGCACUCCACAAUGGAGAAAAUGGAGAUAGUCAGAAUGUCUGUGUUGCAGAGGGUGGGAAGAAUGUAAAUAUGCAGGAGAAUGACUCUGAUUCAGAGUGUGAGCUUGGUGCAGUAGGUGGAGUAGAUUGCGCAGUCGGGACAGAUGGAGAAGAGGAUUGUAUCAGCUGGGCAGAAGAAACUGAUUUUGUUGAUGGUUUUUUUGAAGAGAAGGAAGACCUUAUCGCGGAGCCAAUAAAUGAUUCCAACCUUGUCUGGCCACAGAUGCCUCAGAAUGACAUGGCUGUCGUAGCACUGGAACCUCCUGUGCCCCAAAUAGCUCCAGUUCCGCAUCCAAUGCCAUUCCUGCUGUCUGAUCACGUGAGAAAUAACUUCUUACAACACUUACCUACUGAACUCAGGUAUAGAUGUUUAGAGCGUAAACUACAGAAUGUGGAAGUUCUUAGAGGAAUAAGUAUGUUUACAUUUAAUGGACGUCGGGCUCUGCUGUCAGACCCUUACUUGUUUCGAGCAAAGAUGGAGGACAAGUCAGUAGACACGUCUGACCUGGAGGUAGCAGAUGACCCCAUGGGCCUCCACGGCAUUGACCUCAUCACUGCAGCUUUGCUCUUUUGCCUCGGCGACUCUCCAGGUGGCAGGGGCAUCUCAGACAGCAGGUUUGUCGACGGCUACCACAUUGACUUUGGUACUCAGACAUUCUCAUUCCCUUCAGCCAUUCUUGCAACCAACACCAUGGUGGGAGAUAUUGCUUCUGCCUCAGCCUGCGAUCACGCCAGCCCACAGCUCUCCAAUCCAAGCCCCUUCCACACGCUCAGGCUGGACCUGGUGCUCGAAUGUGUGGCUCGAUACCAAACAAAGCAGCGCUCCAUGUUCACAUUUGUGUGUGGGCAGCUGUUCCGGCGGGAUGAGUUCUCGUCUCAUUUCAAAAACGUUCACGGGGAUAUUCACGCCGGACUCAAUGGCUGGAUGGAGCAGCGCUGCCCCUUGGCCUACUAUGGCUGCACCUACUCCCAAAGACGGUUCUGCCCGUCUGUACAGGGCUUCAGAAUCAUCCACGACCGGCACCUUGGCUCCUUUGGGGUUAAGCCUGGUUUGCCCUUAAAGACGGGGGACAACCUUCCAAGAAAAACCUGCCGCUUUGACUCUCGGUACGAUCAGUUCAGCAGCCUUCCGUUUGAAGUGUUGCAACAUGUAGCAAGCUUCCUGGACAGCUUUAGCUUGUGCCAACUGUCCAGAGUGUCACACACCAUGAGGGAUGUGUGUGCCAGUCUGCUCCAGAUGCGUGGCAUGGUCGUCCUGCUGUGGGAGAAGAAACGGCGUCCUGAUGGGUCAACUUCAUGGCAGAUCACAGACAAGGUGUGGCGAUUCAGCACAGCUUUUGGUACUGUGAAUGAGUGGAAGUUCGCCAACAUCGCCAGCAUGGCCGACCACCUCAAGAAGUGCAAGUUCAAUAUGAUUUCCCGUCGGGAAGAGGCAAUCCCGCUGCCAUGCAUGUGUUUCACCAGAGAGCUCACAAAGGAAGGAAGGUGUUUACGCUCAGUUCUAAAACCAGUAGCAUAAGGGAUUUUAAAAGAUGAGGUCAUCUUAUGGACUUUCCUGAGACCAUAAGAACUCCAAUACGUGUGUAUUUUCCUCCAGUGUUUACAGACAUUAGUCUCUUCCAACCUCAAAAUGAUAACUCCUGGUUGGACGUUACAAACUGUUGGUUGUUCUUUGCUUCACAGUGAAAAGUGUCCCCACUCCCCUAAAUAAGACAAAGCCAGUAAUGGGUCGAUUUAUACGCAUGUGCUGCAAUCACAGAUCGGGACUGUAAACAAGCAAAUACAAUUGCUCGCCUUGUAUCGUCCACUCGGAUGGAUUUAAUAAUACUAGUGUACUAAAGUUGUAACCUUAUCUGCUCCGACAUUGUGAAACUAGCUAGAUGUUUUGAUAUAGAAUUUUUUUAUUUUUAUAUCAAAAAGUCAAUACUCUGUUACAACAGGGGUAAGCGUACAGCCUUAAUUUAUCAUGAGGUUGUUGGAACAUCUCAGUGAGAUUUCUCUGCUGCUUCCAGCUGGAACAGUUUACUGGUAUCUUGCACAGUUUUGUAUCUAAUCCUGAUACCUAGAGUGACCACAUUUGUACUGCUUAGACCUCGUAGCUUUCAUGGCUUUAAUUCUACAUUCUUAGACUGACCAAACAUCUGUGGUAGCGGUGCAGAAUGUAUGCCACUUUACAGGAUGGUCAUACUUUAUUCACUGUGGGUGUGGAUUUUUUUGUUGACCAGCAUGUCACCAUCAUGUUUGGUGUUUUAAAUGUAGUGUGUUUUGUGGUUUGGCACAUUUAACGCAGUAAUAAAAGGUGGUCCAUCUUCCUUUUCUCAUCACACUGACUAUUCAGGUGAGAGAUGAAGUAACACUAUUGACCAGCCAAACGGCAGUGCAUUUUUAGCUGUGCUUGGCUUGUGGUUUGUUCUACCAGCUACUUUAACAAGUAACCAGCAAUUGUUUGUAGGUUUCAUACAAAAAUCUAAAUGUAGAAUGUAAAAUGAUGAAUGUACUCAGUAACUAUAAGACUCCAUCAGUGACUGGUUAGCUUGGUUUGUCUCCCUCAGUGUCAGACCUCAUUAAAUCCUGCAGGCCAGGUUUUAAGAAAUGUCACAGGCACACACUUCCCUCCAGUAUUGAGCAUCACUAAUUAUGUUCUCUUCAUUGUUUAUCACGGUUGUAUGUUUCUGUCAUAUGUCCGCUGUGUUCAAAUGUUGGCGUCUCAGGGUUGUGCUGUAAAGCUGUGUCGCGCAGUCAAUUGUGCUGAGAACAAUAUGAAGACUUGUCAGCUACUUGAUUUUGUGGUCUUAGAAAAAGUGACUGGUGUACCACUCAGUAUUAUAAUAUCAGUGUGUUGCAGUGCUGGACUAACAAAUUACAUGUUUGUCAUCCGUCAGCGCCGUGUUUAUAACCGAGUAACUGAAAUAGGUUGUCAGUAGAAAUGCUGCUUGAAUCUUCUUUGGAGUGCUCAGACUUGCUCAACGCAUUUUUUAAAUUAUAAUUUUGUUUGGGAUGAAGAAAUAAGGUCUGACAACACAUUACAAAAUGACAUGUUUUACUCCCAUUAUGUGAGAAAAUCAAAUGUUUUGCAAUGUGGAUUAGAAAUUGGUCGACAAUGUCACCAAAUGGUAAUCGAUUACUGUUAGGAAUUGAGUGGAUAUUCCUUUGAGGAAUUUGUGUGAUUUUAUUGUUUUUAUAUAUUUUUUAAAGUUUGAUGUAAAGCCCAAGCGGUGACGGAACUAAGCUCUUUUUACUCUAAUAAGUCCCAAUUCCCGUUUGGUUCAUUUCUUAUUUUUUUUGUACUGGUACUUUUAUUUUGAAGAAAACAAUCCUGCCUCUGUAAUGUUUAGAUUUGUAUUAGAAGUAUUGAUUUGCACAUGAAGGCAUGUACUGUACAAUUUGAAUUCUAAUGCUGAGGGAUUCUCUUAGCUCAAGUAGCAGGAACUUUACUCCCUGAUGUUUUGCAUGUGAGUUUGAUGUCUUUGAAAAAUGUUCAACUGUAAACACAUUUAUACAGAUUAUAUAUCUCAGGCACAGUGGAUCGGUGUAGUACAUUAGUCCUUUUUUUUUUAAAACUUGUGUCGUAAUGAACAUUGAGCCAGAUCUGAUCACUUGCCCUCAUUCUUCAGGUUUAGUGGGUGGAUUGGAACGGAGGACCUGAGCUGAUCAGUGUUCUAUUGAGGUUCAUGCAACAUUAAGACAAAUGGAUUGCAGGAACACCUGGAGUGUAUCAACGUUUUAUCAGCAUUUUAACAUUUGUUUUCACUCUUAAUAAGUGUAUUUUUCACCAAAAUAUGCCAGCUUCAUUUGUUUGACUUCUGAAGCAUUUUAAUAAAGAGACUCUCCGUUUUUAAAAGU